AGCCGACCUCCUGCGUCCUCCCCCCGGCCUUCCCCCUCCCUCCAGCCGCUCCUCCAUCACUCCUCCCCGGGCCGCUGAGCCAGGAUCACCGCUCCUCCAGCGCCAGCAGCCGCAGGGACGCGAUGAACCGACGGCGCAGGCUUCAGGCUCCCAGUGCUGAGCUGAAGGACGAGGAGGAGAAGUGAGGACAGAAAGACAACCUGAGGUGGCACUAGACCUCGUCCGGCUCCAUGUCUGCUCCUGCUCCAGCCAAUCGGAGGUCUACGUCGGGUUCUCGCCGAUUCAACCCUCUGAAGGCGCUGCAGCCCAAACGCCGCUUGCAGCAAAUUCUGGCGUCCUCGCCCGUGCCGGUGCCCAAGCCGGCGUCCGGGUCGGGGACGGCGGCGCCAGCGGCCUCUGCGCCGGUGGCCAUUCCUGUGCCGGCUCCACCUGCGUUUGACUACUGCAGGUUCAUUGAGCUAGACUACGUUCCCAUGGAGACAGGCUAUAUGGUCUCAAUGCGCCCGACUAAAGGUUACACAUCGACCAAGUCUCCGACUAAAGGAUACACUUCCACCAAGUCUCCGGACCGACACAGCCGCUCAACAAACUCUCCCUCCACCCCUCGUUCCCGGCGGACUCCGGCCACGCCCAGCAAUAGAGAUCCCUAUGGCAACGCCUCCCUCAGCAGCAGCAGCAACUCAGGCUCUUGUAAAGGCAGCGACUGCAGCCCCACCAAAGGACGUCACCAGAAGUACACGUCAUGUACAGACAACCAUGGGAUUCGCCCGCCUCCACCAGAACAGUACCUCACACCCCUGCAACAGAAGGAGGUGUGCAUCCGACACUUGCGGGCCAGGCUAAAGGAAACCAUCAAUACACUGCAGGACCGGGACACAGAGAUAGACGAGCUGAGAGGUCGGUUGUACCGGAUGCAGGAGGACUGGGUCGAGGAGGAGUGUCACCGUGUGGAGGCUCAGCUGGCCCUGAAGGAGGCGCGUCAGGAAAUCCAGCAGCUCAAACAGGCCGUGGAAACUGUUCGUGCCAGGCUCAGCGAUGCCGGGGGACUCAGCGGGGACGCAGGGGUCCAGAAGUACUUCCAGGACAUCAACAUUCAGAACCACAAGCUUGAAAACCUUUUGCUCAGCAUGGAGUUGGCCCAGGCCGGAUUAGCCAAGGAGGGGGAAGCCAUACCGGGCUGUCGCACCCGUGUAGGGGGUUCAGCACCAGCAUCUGUCUCUGGGGAAAGUCCUGGGGGAGUACCCAAACUGUCAGUAGGAGGUAGGGGGUCUUGCUCUUGUGAUGGUUCUCCAGCACGUUCUCUGACUCGGAGCUCCACCUACACCAAGUUGAGUGAUCAGGCCCUGGCGGAUCGCAACGGCAACGGGUCGGAUUUUCCUUGUCUUUCAGGUGACGGCACCCAGGACAGCGGCUUUGUGUGCUGUGGGGAGAGCAGCGUUCCCAGCCGGGCCGACCUGCUGCUGGAAGCCGCCUUUCUGUCCGAGGAAACGGCAUCUUUACUUAACUCCUACUCGCAGACCUUCUCCCACUCUUUGCCUCACUCUCUACCCAACUCUUUGCCUCACUCUCUACCCAACUCUUUGCCUCACUCUCUGCCUAACUCUCUGCCUCACUCUCUACCCAACUCUCUGCCCCACUCUUUGCCUAACUCUCUGCCUCACACCUACUCCCACACCUUGCCUCAUUCCUUCCCUCACAAUUUGUCCCACGCUGUGCCCCACACUAUGCCGCACUCCUCCACCUAUGAGAAGCUGUGCACAGGCGAGCGUCUGUCGCCUUUUCGUUGUGGUCUGGGAGGCGUGAGCUGCAUGAGCCACCCUUGCCUGUCUCACCACCACCUGUACCUGCAUCCCUUGAGGGAGAUGGGCAUUCAGACGGAGAGCUGCCCCAUCCCCGCCACAGCAGGUUACCCCUCUGAUCUGGACACCAUUGCAGAGCAGCGCACCUUCCGGUCCCAGGCCUGCAGCCCCACCUCCACCUGGAUGUCUGACGAGGGGGACGAGGAGCUCGACUCCAUUACCACCACAACUUCAGUAACCACAGCGACCGUCAUGAGUACGGCCACAGAGCCAAUCCCGGUCUCGAAAAUGCCGCCGGUCCCUCCUUUACCACGAUCCGCCACUGUGGCCUGUUCUAUGGAGAGUCCUUUGCGUGGCAGGAAGGAGGAAGAUGAGGAAGAGGAAAAACAGGAGAAGGAGAAGAGAGAGAAGGAAGCUUCUGCAACAGAGGACAAGGUGGAAGCCCCUAUGGUCAGACUGGUAGAAGAAGUGCAGCAGACACAGGUGGGCUCAGUGGAGGGGAAGGAGGUGGAAGGUCAGGGUGCUGGGGAGGCAGCACAAGGAAAUCUGUGCAAUUUAGCAGAGAUAACGGCAGGAACACAGGUUGAGCUUAGGUUCGCAGGAUGCUGUGGAGAAGGCAUGCAGAGUGGAACAACACUUGCAAACCUUAAAGUUGAGGACAGGCAGCAAGAAGUUUCUCUAUCGGCAGGCUCAACCCAGACAGAGACAGUGGAGCCGAGUCCAAGCAGCCCGGGAUUAUCUCCAGGCGUAGAACAACCUCAUACAUCUCAACCAAGGAGAUCUGCUUCCAGUGAGGAGAUAGCUGGCGUCACAGUGGUGGAGGUGCACGACGAGGAUGAUGAUGAGGACGAACCAAAAGAACAAGGAGCAUCGGGGGGCUCUGCAGCAAAGGAUGGAGAUUCUGGGACAAUUCAGAAAAGCUACUGGAGUCGUCACUUCCUAGUGGAUCUGCUAGCGGUGGCCAUCCCGGUGGUGCCAACGGUGGCGUGGCUUUGUCGUGGUCCAGUCCGCCACGGUCAGCCCAUGUACCACAUAGGGUCACUGCUGAGAGGCUGCUGCACUGUGGCGCUGCACUCACUUCGCAGGGGAGGAGGGUUGAGGCAUUACCCCGCAGGCGGGGGAGAUCUCGGGGGUUCUCAGAUAUAAGAGGAGGAUCUGAUCAGCAACCUCGACAGCCCUUAACCAAACCUCACCUCUGUGGGUUGUUGGAAGAUACCUACAGUGUGAGUAGAAGAAGAGAAACAGCCUCCUGUCCUGCACUUCUUAUCAAGGUUAGCAGCUGAGAGGAUUAUAAAGAUCGGGAAAUGUACAUGUAGGACUGAGAUCUCUGACCGGUUAACUAAUCUGUUUGGUCCUGCUCCUCAUUGUCUCACCCAGUGGUCCUUGCUGUUGCUACCUAAAUGUCUGUCAAUGCGACUGACUUGUACAAAACUGGAUGAGCUGAUUGAAAUGAAUGAUCUAUGCUUGGAUGUUUAACACCGAUUGUUUUUUGUUCUUAAAUGCAGGGAGAAUGUGAAAGAUUUGAUUAUAUAUCAGCCUAUUCUCAAUUCUGACACGUUCAGUUGUUGAUGAGGUGGUGAGUGUGUACAUUAAAUACAGUAUAGUGAGUACAGCGCAACAUAGCUUUAACGUCAAAUGUUCAUAAUGUGUAUCAUCUCUCAAUAACUGCAUUAUUUUAAAGUGGAACAGUGUGCUUCACUGUCAGGUCUAUGCAUUCACUGUGCCCAGAUUCACACCAUUGCUGGACAGAUUUAUUUCUGUCUCAUCUGACCAAAGAAUAUCUUCAUAAUAUUCAUCAAGUUUCCUUUCAUGCAGUUUAGUAAGUUUUAUGUUGUAGUUUUGUGGCCAUGACUCUGAUUAGUGGAACUACAGCUUCUUCUAUACCUCCUGAUGACUACUGCAGCUGCAUUUUCAGUGAUUUUGAGUCAUGCACCGAUCUUUUUGUAUCAUUUUCCAUGUUUUUUACGUCUCACAGAUUUUUACAUUUUUCUGGUAACGUUUUUUUUUUCGUGGAGCCAUGAUGCAGACAUGCACAUAGAUUUUCUAACAUGUUUAUGCAGUUAAACUGAUUGGAAGUCACAUGUGGACUCAGUUUAGUUUCAGUGAUCACAUUUUUUCGAGCUUGUGCGUCAUUUGCUAGAAUUAAUGCAGGUUUUGAGAGGUGAUUCAGUCGUGAAUCACUGGACAUUUAAGCGAUGUUGCACUGAGAUGUACUCACUUCUGUUGUUUACUGCAUAUGUAUAAAAGUGUGUACGUGUAUAGCUAAUUUACAAGAAGCUACACUCUGUUCAUUGGCCAAUGACUGAGAGAAAAUCCACUCUAAUUUAGAAAUUGCAUGUUUCCAAUAACCGCUUAGAGUUUUCAUUAAAGUUGUCUGCUGUUAGAAAAGAACAACAUACAGACAGAACUCAGGUUUGUUCUGAGGGUAGGAACACAGCAAACCCAGCCAGGUUUUUCAAUCUACUGUUACUCCUUUUUGUUAGUUCUCUUUAAUGCCAGGUUCAGAAUAAGCAAGAGUUUGACCUUGAAUUGUUCACCUGUGACUGAUUUUAGAAUCCAUGCAAAUUUCUGCAGGAUCCAGAAUGACUGUAAAUUUGCAGAAUGACACAAAUAUGUCUAAGAUACUUUUAAAAAAACAUCCAAAAUGACUCAAAAUUUGUCUAAAAUGACUUGAAAAUUAUCCAAUAUUGCCGAACAUUUCUCCAGAAUUACCCAAACUUGUCAGAAAUGAGGGGCUACACAGUGAUGUAAGUGGUUAACACUUUUGCUUUGCAGCAAGAAGAUCCCUGGUUCAAACCCGGGGGUGGACCAGGGAUCUUUCUGCAUGGAGUUUGCAUGUUCUCGCUGUGCAUGCGUGGGUUUUCUCCGGGCGCUCCGGCUUCCUCCCACAGUCCAAAAACAUGCUGAGGUUAAUUGGUUACUCUAAAUUGCCCGUAGGUGUGAAUGUGAGUGUGAUUGUUUGUCUGUAUAUGUAGCCCUGUGACAGACUGGUGACCUGUCCAGGGUGUCCCCUGCCUUCGCCCUAGUCAGCUGGGAUAGGCUCCAGCACCCCCUGCAACCCUAAUGAGGAUAAAGCGGUGCAUAGAGAAUGGAUGGAUGGAUGGAUGUCAGAAAUGACAAAAAUCUUGUCAAAAUGAUUUCAAAAUAAACAAAAUUACUUGAAAAAUUGACCAAAAUUACUUAAAUCUGUUCAGAAUGAACUGAAAACAUUUUUUUAAAUAGCUGAAAACUCCAAAAUUGCAUGAGAGGGUGUUAGAAGCAGAGUGGUCUAACCCACACAAAAUCUGAACUGAGUCUUAUGUAAUUUCUGUAAUAUGCUAUGGUCUAGAUGUUAGUGAUGAAGUGGUCUAACCCACAACCCAAAUAUAGUGUUACAGUGAAUGUUGGACCAUUCUUGAAAACAUAAAACUCAAAAACUACACCAAGUGGGUCAGACCACUCUGCUUCCAAACCCUUAUUGUCCAAGAUGUUUCAAAAAUAAUUAAAAAUGUGUCAAAAAUAACUUGAAAAUGAUCCAGAAUUACAGAAAAUUUUCGUGAAAUGAUCUGAAACAAUGAAAAUUUGUUCAGAAUGAGUCUAAAAUGACUGAAAAAAAAAUCCAAAAUCAGUCAGAAUUUCUCUCAAAUGAUUAGAAAUGAUCCAGAAUGACUGAAAAUAUGUCUAAAAUGGCCUGAUCCAUCUAAAAUGAUCCAAAUUUACAGGAUAUCUGUCCAGAAAUCUGGUUAAGCUAAAAGAUUUGUGACUUUGUAGAUGAUUUUAGAAAAGAGUCAUGGUGUUGGUUAUUUACUCUUUUGUCGGGACAGUCAUAAACUGGUCUUCACUGACAGUGUUCUGGGCUAGAAAUAAAACUGAACUUUUCAGGUCACAAAGGAUAAAAACAGAGUUACUUCAAUCACAGUUCGUGCUCUUGGAUAGAGAUCUAUAUUGUGGAUCUGACAAUCACUUGAUUUGCUUAGAAAUUUAUUUUUCCCAAUGGAUAAACUAGAUGCAAAACCUGACAAUGGAAACAAUAAAAAUUCAAAUAAAUCUUUGAAGGGUUUGGAAGAAGAAUGGUCUAAACCACUUCCUGUAUAAUUGUCUAACAUUCCCAGUAGCGCUAUAUUUGGGUUGUGGGUUAGACCACGUUGCCACGAAAAUCUAGACCAUAAAAUAUUACAGAAAAAAUGUGAAACUCAGUUCAGAUUUUUUGUGGGUUCGUACACUCUGCUUCUGAAGCCCUCCUUUAUUUGCUAGAUGCCAAAAGUUCAAACAGGCUCCUUUAACUUAGUCUUCUAAUUACACUCUUUUCUUCUGCAUGUGCUUCAUGGAAGCUGACUUCAUCUCAAUGAGUCAGCUCUUGAUAUUUACACAACAGCAUUGGAUGAAAAUAGAUAUUCAUUUAUGUGUUCCUCAGAAAAUUUUCUCAGGAUUUAGUGAAAGGUUUUGCUCUAUUUGCACGGAUACCUGGCUAAUAACGUCUGUUUCUGCUUUGUUCACUUUUGAAAGAAACUCUCUGAUUUUAGUUUUAGGAGCAUCCAGCCUCGAGCCUUAUGGAGGGAAACUAGACCCACCCUGGCAGAGAAUUAAAUUCGUUGGGUUAUCUAGCGCGGCUAGGCUAACAUAUUUUAUGACUGCAGUGAAACGUUCUCAUGUUUCCUUUAAUUCUAUUUCAGUCCCUGUGCAGUUACAGUCCACAUGUUUUCUUCUGAAAGAAAUGUGGGCAACGUUUGCAUGUCUUUACGGGUCAUUCCAGAAUUGGAGGACAUUUGGACUUCAAAAUUUUUGAAAUAUAAAUCCUCUCUUUUACUAUUUUCUGCUCAGCACAGAGAGCAGGAGAGAAGCCAAUGGACGUGAAGAACUGAUUUUCACUAUAUGGGAUCUUUAAGAGCUUGUCUGGCUCAGUCCAAAGGUAAAAAAAAAAAAGCAACAGCUGAAACUAGAGUGUAAAAAUGACAACAUGGGAUGUUAAUUUCAUCACAGUCUUGUUGUUGGGUUUGUAGUUGUUGAGGAGAACAACAUGCAGAUUAUAUUUUAGGGUGGAGUAUUUUCUAUUCUCAGUCAUAUGGUUGGUUCUUGAACCUUAAAGAUAACAUUGGAAGCAAAUUCAUCAAUUAUUGAAUCAGUAAAACAACAGAUUUAAAUUGGGUUUCCUCCAUUUCACGUAACACUUAUAUAAAGCGUCAUCGAAAUCACGAUCUAACUCUUUGUUUGUAGAUACUCACUGGCUCAGUUUGACACCUCGAUGUAGAUCUGAAUGACGUGAGUUGUGCUCAGUCUGUGAUCCGUGCUGUAUAUUUCUGCUAAACGCUCUCGUGGUGUAGUUUUUAUCUGGUCCUGUGUAUUUCAAGUCCACCGUACAAGAGUUUAGUCAGUCACUGCAAAUAAAUCAACUUUAUUUGUUUAAUGAAUCAUUCUGCAAAGCAUUUCUAGACACGGAGUGUGACGUGAUAGCCGGCACUCCAAAUGUACAUUGAUAAGGUGUCUGGGUUGUAAUCGCAUUUAGAAUCAGGGUACUUUCUUUGUGUGGAUUUGUGCUUUUAUGAGAGGACUUUGAUGAAAGUGGUAUUUCUUCUUUGUGCUGAUUUUGUGUAGACAUUAAGCUGGAUGUUUGAUAAGAACAACUAACCAAGUCAUGGAAGGACUGAACAGGUCUGCUGGGUUCAGGAUCAGAGAGACUGUUAACAGUAACGAAGUCCACCAGAAAAAGAUCUGAAAGACUAGAAAGAGAUGUAUAACAACUACAAAGACACACAAAACAACUACAAUCAGAAGCAAAACAACUACAAAGAGACAGAACAACUACACCGAAAUGCAAAUGGUUAGAGCAAAACAAAACAACUCCAAAGAGAUGUAAAACAAAUACAAAGACACAAAGCAACUACAAAAAUACAGAAAAAAAAACAGCUAGUGAGAGAAGCAACAAAAUUCAAAGACAACAGGACUGCAAAAGAGAUUCAGAACAACUCCAAAGGGAUGCAAAGAAACUACAAAGAAACAAAAAAAAACCCCAUAGUAGACCCAAAGAAACUACGGAGACACAAAGCAACUACGAAGAAUGAUACAAUAACCCAAAAGAGGCUCAACACAACCACAAAGAGAUAUAAAACAACCACAAAGAGACACGAAACAACUACAAAGACCCACAAAACAACUUCAAAGAGAUGCAAAAAUCACAGAGAUGCAAAGCAACUAUGAAGAAUGACAAAAUAACCCAACACAGACUCAAAACAACUACAGAGACACAAAACAACUACAAAGAAACAAAAAACAACCAGAAAGAAACACAAAAAAACGACAAAGAGACCCAAAACAACUACAAAGAAACAUAAAACAACCACAAAGAAACACAAAUCAACCACAAAGACACAAAGCAAUCACAGGGUCAAAACAACCACAGACACAAAACAAGUACAACGAGAUACAACAACUGCAGAGAUGCAAAGCAACUCCGACGAAUGAUAAAAUACCCCAACAGACACUCAAAACAACCACAAAGAGACUCAAAUCAACCACAAAAGACACAAAACAAUUACAAAGAGACACAACACAUUUACAAAAAGAUAAAAACAACCACAUAGACACACGAAACAACUACGUACGCAAAAAUCACAGAGAUGCGAAGUAACUACAAAGAAUGAUAAAAUAACCCAACAGAGACUCAAAACAACCACAAAGACACACAAAACAACCACACAAACACCACAAUACAGGAUGUGUAGUUUUUUCACUGCUGUACUCAGAGGCCUGAAGUCAAACAAUCUAUCCAUAAAUCAACUAUAAAAUCUUCAUGUUUCUGAGAAACACUCCAACACAAACCAGCAAAAUUAUUCUGACACCAUCUGACUUGUUGAGUUAUCAGUUGAUGACUAAAUACAGGAUUUAUUUAUUUUUUAUUCUUUGGUUGAACUUUUUUGCACUAUUGUUCACUUUAUGAAUUUUGAGUAAUGACUUGAAGUUCAGAUUGUAAACGUUUCCAAAGCGUCCACUGAGUUCUGCCUGAUUGUUCUGUUGCUGAUAUGAUGACAUUUUAGCAUUUUAUCCUUAAAAAUACCACGAAGAUACACAUCACUGUAAAGCUGUAUCCUUUCAUCCUGAGUGAGAUUUCUUUACAUUUGACCACACGGACCCUCCAAAGUAACGAACAUGUGAUGUGCUGCUGGUGGAGGUGGAGGUGGGGUUCAUGCUACAUGGUCGGGUUGGCUAGUUGUCAUUUCUCAUUGACACUCAUGGUAAUGGCUGUCUGCUACUGAGAGCCAUGAAGAGAUUGAAUCAGAGACGGACCGUCCUUCACCUUCCCUCAGCAUCGGUUGUGUGUCCAUCUCCUGACUGUGUGGAACUUUGUGGGUUUGGAGGCUGAAAUGUUUCCUGUUUUACUAGAAGCCAUAAACUGUGAUCCUGUGAGAAUGUGGGAGGCAGCCUCUGCCUCUGAAUGACUCCUGCUGUUUGUCUGGACUGUUCUGUGAGUUUACAGUCAGAAGGCAGCGUGUCGAAAUAAAAACAGGAUGACAAAAGGAAGGUUCAAGUUCAGGUUCAGGUUCAGGCUGGUUGUUCCUGCAGCGUCAUCUUAUUUUACCUCUAUGCACUCCAGCUAGCAGCAUCAUGUUGAGAUGUGCUGAUAAAUGUACUUUUUGUCGAGGCUCUGGCUGUAAAAUUGUUUCCUGAUUCCUGAAAUAUUGAAUCAUGAAGCCUCUGACGUCCCAAAACAUGUUUUUUUUUUCCCGUAUUGUGCAUAAACGAGUUGAACACAGUGAUGAAUAUAUGGAAAGUUGUUGUUUUUUGUUACCACAAGUUAUAUUGUUUUAACGAGUUAUUAUGUUGUAUUUAAGAGUUAAUAUCUUGUUUUUACGAGUCAAUAUCUUGUUUGUGCAAGUUAUUAUCUUGUACAUACAAGUUAUUUUCUUUUUACAAGCUGUUAUCUUGUUUGUAAAAGUUAUUUUCCUGUUGUAACAAGUUAAUAUCUUGUAUUUAUGAGUUAAUAUCUUGUUUUUACGAGUUAGUACCUUGUUUUUGCGAGUUAAUAACUGUAUUUACAAGUUAAUAUCUGUUUUUAUGAGUUAAUAUCUUGCUUUUGCCAGUUAAUAACUUGUAUUUACGAGUUAAUAUCUUGUGUUUACGAGUUAUUAUCUUGUAUUUCCAAGUUAAUAUGUUGUUUUUAUGAGUUAAUAUCUUGGUUUUAUGAGUUAAUAACUUGUUUGAGUUAUGAUCUUGUUCUCACAAGUUAUCAUCUUGUUUUUAGAAGUUAUUGUCUUGUUCGCAGAAGAUAUCUUGUUUUCACAAGUUGUCAUCUCAUUUAUACAGGUUAAUAUCUUGUUGUCAGGUUAUCUUGUUUGCAGAAGUCAUCAUUUAAUAUCUUGUUCAUGCAAGAGAAAACAUUAUAAUUAUUAGUUUUCAUUCAUCCAUAAGUUACCUGGUCUGCUCAUGUAAAGGAUAUUUUACAUAAAAAGCCCUAAUUUACAUAAUUUGCACACAACUGUUGGUCUUCAAGCAACAAGAUAAUAAUGAAUGUCGUGUAUUUGAUGUUUUUUAUGGACUUUGUAAACAUGAGUUAAUGUCUUCUUCAUACAAAAUGGCAGCAAAUGUUGAUUUUGUGAACAUAAGUAAUAAUUAGAUCUUUCUGGGACUUCAUGGGACUCUAUUCAGAAGCUUUUUUUUUUACUAUGUUUGAUGUCCUCUGGUGUUUUAUUUAAUGUUUGGAGAAGCUGUACUGUCAUGUUCUGUCUUUAUUUCUGACCUAACAGAGUUUAAAACUCAAUCAACCCAUGAACCCUUCAGAGCGUUUAGUCGUCCUUUAAUCAGCGACGUCCAAACAUUCUGACAGGGAUUUAAACGCUUCAGUCCCAGCAGUCAUUAAAAGUUUGAUCCACUGAACCUUCACCACUAAGAACUUGUGUGAAACUUCCUGCGAUGCCACGGAGAGCGUCCUGCACCCGUCCCAUGAUGCACCUGAACUUCCUGCUGUCGUGAGCUGGUGUCGCUGUACAGUACGUGGUGGUGACUGACUCUAGACCACACAUAUGAUGCGGAAUAUUUUCUGUUUUGUGGAAAACAGGCGACUUUUUUUGUUUUUGUUGGACAAUAUUUGAAUGUGUAUCGUCAUUUUCUGCUUCGUUCCUUGUCUGAUUGUCUGUAUUCCCUCCAAUAUGUAACGAUGAUUAAUGUAUACGGACGUCCUGUCCUUUAGCGUCCCGGCACCGGGGACAUCAAGGCCUUGUAUAGGAGGACAUCAGUAAUAUCUACAGAUAACGUCGUGUAAAUGAACUAUUUUAAUGGCAAUAGUAGUGUGUACAGUAUAAACAUCACUAGACUCCAUCUCCCACCACACUGUAUAAAGAAAGACCAGAAGCCCCAAAUAUUAAACAGCAUGGAGGAAACGUUC